AUGAGCAAUAUGUCAGCCUGUCAAGACGUCCUUGGGCUCGCCGCAAAGGCGGCGGCAGCAGCCUCGCUGGAUGAGGUGGUGCGGCUGAUGAACGAGUUCCAAUUCAUGCAUGCGGCCACCCCGUCGUAUCCAAUUGACUACAUGGCGCGCCUGCCGAACUGGCAGCAGCAGGAACACCACCAAUACCAGGAGCAGCAGCGGCCAUAUGUGGGCGAGCGGCGCGCUAUGAGCCCCGCGUCAAGGCGCGGCGCGAUGGAUCGCCCCAAGACCUCCAGCCCACGGCGUAUGCCGCACGCGCCGACUGGCUCAGAGGACGCCGCUUACAGCAGCCUCAGCCCUUUGGACCAGCUGCUGUCUCAAAGCAUCGACGGCAGCCCCGCGGGCCCCCACCAGACGCGGCCACAGCUGCUGCGCGCCAGCAGCGGCGACGACGCAUCCCUGGCUGGCGACGCGCCGCUGCUCGCCGCCUGCCGGGAGCGGGAAGAGGCGGACGCGCGGACGCAGGCGCUGCGGCAGCAGCAGCAGCAGCAGCCCAAUCCCGCUGAUCUACAGUCCAGCAUCCUCGGGCUCGCGGGAGCCGCCGCAGCGCACCCUUACGCGCACUCGCGCAGCCCCGCCGCGACCUCGGACGCCGCCGCCGCUGCGGCGGCAGGCUUCGGCCUGGGCCAGGCGGCGGCCGGGCAGCAGGCCUGGGGCCAGCUGCCAGAUCAGCUUGACCUCCGCCUCCUCAUGGCCGCGCAGCUGCAGCCGCACGCCGCGGCCGCCGUCGCGGCUGCGGCCGCGGCCGCGGCAGCCGGGCCCGGGCAGCUGCAGGCGCACCUGCUGUACGAGCAGGCGGCCGCGGCUGCAGCCGCAGCAGCGGCCGGCGGCGGCGCGGAUGCGGCGGUGUACAGCCAGCUGCACGCUGCGGCGGCCGGCGCCCUCGGCGGCGCGAGCUUCGGCGAUGUCCCCUCGUCGGCGGGCAUUCUUGGGUCGCAAGGGCACUACGUCGACCCCGCUGCCGCAGUGGCCGCGGCUGCGGCCGCCGCGGCAUCAGCUGCGGCCGCUCACCAGCUGCAGGGCUACGCGCCCCACCUCCUUUUCGACCCUGCGCUCCACUUCGCGCCCGGCGCGAUCCGCACCGCGCUGCCGCAGACGCUGCAGGCGGCCUCAGUCGCAGGCGGCCGCGGCGGCAGCGCCGCAGCCGCGGCGCUCGACUGCGACAGCCUGGGCAGCGACUCUGGCGGGUCCACGCCCGUCAAGAAGACGCGCCGCGGCUGCCGCGGCGGGCGCCAGAAGCGGUGGUACAUGGCGCAGCAGAUGGCGGCCGCGGCCGCGAUCAGCGGCGGUGCGAUCGCGGGCUUUGACGUGUUCCGAGCCCUGUGA